UAGCUGUUUUGAUAUCAAGUCACAUGCUUAAAUUAUAUCUUGCUCUAGCUCUGCUCCACAUUUUGCACUGCAAUGGCAAAAUAUGCCAGCGUUCAAAAAAGCCUUUGGAAAUGAUUGUUUUGUACGAGUCCCUCUGUCCUGAUAGCCAAAGUUAUAUCAAGAACUUUUGGCCCGUUUACCGAAAAUACCAUCAGUGCAUCAAUCUAACGUUGGUGCCCUAUGGCAAGGCCUCACCGUCUAGCUCAGCCCCGUUUGGUCAUACAUGCCAGCAUGGCGAUUCUGAGUGCUGGGGCAAUCGAAUGCAAGACUGCGCGAUUCACUCCAACUUGAACCAAUUCGAUCAGAUGAAAUUUCUUGAGUGUCAAAUGAAAGAUCUUCAACUGACAGUGAAAAAGAAUUUCACGUGCGCUCGGGCCUUAAAUAUCGAGGAUCACGUAGAGCGCUGCAUGCGCCCAAGCGGCAGAGGGAAUCAACUGCAGACCCAAUCUUCGAUUAUAACCAAUCGAUAUAGCUUUAGCGUAAUACCUGCCAUUGUAUACGAUGGAGUAUUUUCUGUAAAUCUGCAGCGGUCUUCUCGAAUGAAAGUCAGCCAAACUCUAUGCAACAUAAUGAUUAAAAAGAAUCUUUUAUUACCCGAUGAUUGUUAGACUUUGGGUUUUUACGGACAUAUUAAUAUAUAUAUAUAUUUUUUUCUACUUAGCUAAAAUAAU